CUCAGCCUGCGCGUUUCUUGCCGGACGUCUAUCCAAAUACUGUGGCAAGAACAUUCUACUCGCGGUUGCUGGAGUCGUUAGUUUCGUUUUAAUGACAGUGUUGUUGACCUGGGAACCGUCACCCGAAGAUGUUGUCAUCUUUUUCGUCAUUACCGGUGGUUGGGGAUUGGCUGAUGGCAUCUGGCAGACACAGUUAAGUACUAUUCUCGGUGAUCUGUUCGGAGAGCAGUUGGAAGCUAUCUUCGCUCUUGGAAAGAUGUUACAAGCUUUAGGGUUCACCGUCACUUUCGCCUACAGUGGAUUGCUUCCAGUAUUCGCCAAAAUCUACAUCCUUGGCACCGUUUUAUUCGUCUCUCUGCUUGGUUACGUGAUUUUAGAACUCAGAUUGCGUGGCAAGAGUCAACCUUGUGGUCGCCGUGCAGUGUUGGAAGAUGGCUAUGAUAUUACGCAAAUUUAAAGAAAGCCGCAAUGUUUUUUUUUUAUUUUGUUUUGUGUGUAAAGGUAA